UUGUUUUGAGACGCCUUUUCAACCAAGAACAUCAUAAAGUCUCUAUACGUCGUGUAUUGAGAACUGGAGAAGAUGAAAGUUCUUCAAGAACUUGUUCAUGAAGUAAGGAAACGUUCAGGUAGUUUGGCGCCACGGCAGGAUACUGUUGAGGAUGGGUAUGCAAACAGUGCAUUUCAAAGUGCUGAAUGGGACGAUGAUGACAGCUAUGUAUACGAACCAGAAAAAGGUCUGGGAAAGUUCACGGUGGAAUCUUUUCCAUCUGAACAGAGUUUUAUGCCUCAGGGUAAAGAUGAAAUGGCUCUUCGGCCAACUUUGGAAGAGCUGAUGUCAGAGAAGAAAACGAAGGCUGUAGAUGAAGAGGCAAAUGCGCAGCCUGCUUGUGUACCAAACUCUAAAGCAGUGAAAAUGGGCUGGAUAGAGGGAGUUCUAAUGAGAUGUCUUCUGAAUAUCUGGGGAGUUAUGCUGUUCCUUCGACUCUCAUGGGUAGUUGGUCAAGCUGGUAUCAUAGAGGGUUUUUUUGUAGUUACAGUCUGCAAUCUUAUUACUGCAGUUACAGCACUUUCUAUGUCAGCUGUAGCUACCAAUGGAAGAAUAGCAAGUGGAGGAGUCUAUUAUAUGAUAUCUAGAGCCCUUGGACCUGAAUUUGGAGGUGCAAUAGGAUUGAUGUUUACAUUGGCAAAUGCAAUCUCAGUAGCUACUUACACUCUGGGUUUUGUGGAUAAUCUUUUAGAUCUUAUCUAUGAUGUAUCUGACUUCAAUGGAAUUGUUGCAACAAAAGAUAACAGACUAAACGAUUUGAGAUUAAUCGGAGCUCCAGUAAUUGUUCUACUGCUAAUACUUGCUAUUGUUGGAAUGAAGUGGGUGACCCGAGUCCAAAAGUUGCUUCUUGUCAUGCUUCUAUUGGCUCAGGUUGACAUGCUUAUUGGUACAUUCUUAACUGGUGGUUCAGCUUAUUCUGGGAAUGACGAAAGACAUGCUAAAGGAUUUACUGGCUGGAGUCUGGACACAGCAGAGAGAAACUAUAAAGCCCAGUAUUUGGUAAAUGCAAAUGGAUUUCAAGAAACCUUUAUGUCAGUCUUUGGAGUUUUCUUCACUGCAGUAACAGGAAUAGUUGCUGGAGCUAACCUUUCUGGAGAUCUGAAGGAUCCAUCAUAUUCAAUACCUAAGGGAACACUCAUAGCUAUUGCUGGAACUUAUAUAUCAUAUGCUGGAUUUGCUGUAGUUGUUGGAUUUAACUUUCUUCCUGAAGCUAGUGGAAAUAUUGAAGAAUAUGCUAACAACACUGGGGACCUCCCACAAAUAUAUAACUGUACACCAGAAGCGAACGCUGUAAGAGAAGCCUACGGGCUAAACUUUACCUCAUGCAAAUUUGGAUCUGCAUAUGAUCAAAAGGUAAUGACCUACAUGUCUGCAACUGGAUAUCUAGUCUACCUUGGAUGUUAUGGAGCUACACUCUCGUCUGCUAUUGCAAGUUUAGAAGGAGCCCCAAGAGUCCUCCAAGCUGUAGCUAGAGACAGGAUCUAUCCUAAACUUGAUUUCUUUGCAGUAGGAACAGGUCCAAGUAAUGCUCCACUGAGAGGUUCAGUGUUAGUUUUUUGCAUUGGUUUUGGAUGCCUCAUGAUUGGAGAAUUGAACACUAUUGGAGCACUUGCAUCUAACUUCUUCUUGGCUGCCUAUGCUCUAAUGAACCUCUCAGUUUUCCAUUCCAGCAUGACCAAAUCACCUGGAUGGAGACCAACCUUCAAGUUCUACAACAAAUGGAUUUCUCUACUUGGUGCAUUUGGUUGUGUUAUACUAAUGUUCUUGAUGGACUGGGUCCUUGCUAUUAUUACAUUUGUAAUUAUAGUAGGUCUUUAUGCUCUUCUUUUCUACCUUAAACCAGAGGUUAGCUGGGGAAGCUCAGCAGAAUCCCUUAAGUUUUUAAAUGCCCUGAACAACACAUAUGCUUUGAAUGAAGUAAAAGAUCAUAUAAAAUCUUAUAGGCCAAAAAUAAUUCUUCUAACUGGAAACCCUGCUCAUCGCCAGUCUCUUGUGGAUUUUGGAAAUUUGCUGACAAAAAAACUUUCUUUGAUGAUCUGUACACAAAUCAUUCCUGUUGAUCAGAAAGAUCAGAUUGAAACCAUAAAAGAGGAAUCCAAAAUAUGGUUUAAGAAUCAUCACAUAAAAGCUUUUUCGUCUGUAGUGUUGAAUGAUUCUUACAGCGAAGGAGUAAAAAAUGCUGUCAUGAUAUCAGGUCUUGGAAAGCUUUCACCAAAUCUUGUAAUGAUGGGGUUUCAAAGUAAAAAGGACAGUUUGCCAGCCAUUAAUGAGUAUGUCAACACAAUCACAACCUCGCUUCAAGCUCGUAUGUCUGUAUGUAUAUUAAGAAUCCCUGGUGGACAAGAUUACUCAGCAUUGAUUGCUACAGAGGAAACUGUCAUAAUCCAAGACACUUUAGAAAGGGAAAAGAAUAAGAAGAGAAAGAACAAAUCUGUGUACUAUGGAAAAGAUGGAAGAUGCUUGGCUUCCCAUAUUGUGGAUGAUAUUGAACAGUUUCGAGGAAAGGCAAAGCUUGGCUUUGUUGAUGUCUGGUGGCUUUACGAUGAUGGCGGUUUAACUCUUCUACUUCCAUACAUUCUUACAACCAGGAGACAGUAUAGAAACUGUAAACUCAGAGUGUUUUUCCUGACAGACAAGCCUGGAGAAUUCGAUGAGGAUACAAAAUCCUUUGCAAGUUUACUGGCUAAAUUCAGAAUUGACGUUGCAGCCGUCUUUGUUAUCCCUGACAUUACAAAGAAAGCCAACAAUGAAACAUUUGCCGAGUUUCAACAGCUUAUCAGUAAAUAUCCAGCAGGAUCUAUUCCAAAAGCGGACCUUCAUGCUAAUUCUGAAAGAACAAAUAGAUGUUUAAGAAAGGCUGAACUCUUACGAGAACGUUCUCAUAAAUCUGAACUUAUUGUUCUAACUCUACCUCUACCCGUGAAGGAACAGUUUUCUCCAGCUCUGUAUAUGGCAUGGUUAGAGAUGAUGACUAAAGGUCUUCCUCCAGUGCUUCUUACACGAGGAAAUCAGACUUCUGUUUUAACCUUCUAUUCUUAAAAAGAAUCUAAAGAUAGCAAUACAAUCUGGGUCUCACAAUCAGGAUUUCAACACGUGCAGUAAGUAUUGAGAAAGAGCUCAGAACUCAGUCUAACCAAGAAAGAAAAUAUUUCAUGGCCACCUGCUCAUUUGAAUUUUUUAUAACACAUUGAUAAUUCAGAAUCUUAACCUGAAUCAAUAUUUGUGCAAUCUUUAGAACUUUGCGUUUCUCUCACUACUGUAUUUUUUCAUCAUAGAAUUUUGUUGCAAUAUUUAAAAAUGUAACAGUACAAAUGUGUAGAAUUAAAAAAAUGGUACUUCACUUGAUUUUUUUUUUGCU